GCUCGGGCUGUUCGUCUACCUGCCUGAAUAAAAACCGGAGGAUCGUCUGAGCUAACCGUGAAGCCGCUCUGCGGACAUUAAACUGAAAUAUUGACUUAUUCUGCGGGUCAUUGCCCCGGGGAUCAGCUGUGUACCUUAUACCUGUGAGCAGGAUGGACCCACGCAAAGUGACAGAGCUGAAGGCCUUUGUGCAGCUGUGCGAGUCCAGUCCGGAAGUCCUGCACCUGCCGGAGCUGGACUUCCUGCGCACCUGGUUACAGAGCAUGGGAGCGACGAUCCCUCUACGCCCGAAGAUGAAGGACUCGUGUCAGGGUGGCUGCCCCUGUGCUCCUCCUCCGUCUGCGGCGUCUGCGGCGCCCGAGCCUCCUGUGCUGUCGGAGAGCGAGGAGAGUGAAAUCGAGAUGGACGAUGAGGGCGUGAUCGAACCGGACUCAGACGCACUUCAGGACAUGGGAGACGCCCAAAACACAGAGGUCACAGACGAGAUGAUCGAUCAGGCCAAUGAGAAGAAGAUGGAGGCCAUUAAUGCUCUGAGUGAAGGUGACCUGCCCAAAGCUCUGGAUCUGUUCACUGAAGCCAUCAAACUGAACCCAUGUUUAGCCAUCCUGUACGCGAAGAGAGCCAGUGUUUUUAUUAAGAUGCAGAAACCAAACGCAGCCAUCAGAGACUGUGACCGAGCCAUCAGCAUCAACCCCGACUCUGCUCAGCCCUACAAGUGGAGGGGGACGGCCCACAGGCUGCUCGGUCACUGGGAGGAUGCGGCUCGUGAUCUUGCCACGGCGUGUAAACUGGACUAUGACGAGGACGCCAGCACGCUGCUGAAGGAGGUUCAGCCCAAGGCGAACAGAAUCAUCGAGCACAGACGUAAAUACGAGCGUAAGCGAGAAGAGAAGUCGCUCCGAGAGAAACAGGAGAGGAUGAAGAAGGCGAGGGAGGAGCACGCCCGCGCUCAGAGGGACGAGGAGGCUCGACAGUUUGGAGGAGGAUUCUUCCCAGGUCCUGCUGGGUUCCCGGGAGGAGCUCCUGCUGGGAUGCCCGGUCUCGGUGAUUUCCUGAAGGAUCCUGAGCUGCUGAACGCCAUGAAGGACCCCGAGGUCAUGGCCGCCUUCCAGGACGUGGCUCAAAACCCGGCCAACAUCGCCAAGUACCAGAACAACCCCAAAAUCAUGGCGCUGGUCACCAAGCUGAGCGCCAAGUUUGGAACUUCACCUCAGCCGUAAAAAAGACCAAAGAAGAAGAAAGGGGGGCGGCUAGACCUGCUGCUGUGUUCUGCCUGUUUGCGUUUAGCCCAGACCGAGACCUCCUCCAGACCCAGACCUCCUCCAGAUGGUCAGCCCAGACCCAGACCUCCUCCAGACCCAGACCUCCUCCAGAUGGUCAGCCCAGACCCAGACCUCCUCCAGACCCAGACCUCCUCCAGAUGGUCAGCCCAGACCCAGACCUCCUCCAGACCCAGACCCAGACCUCCUCCAGAUGGUCAGCCCAGACCCAGACCUCCUCCAGACCCAGACCCAGACCUCCUCCAGACCCAGACCCAGACCUCCUCCAGAUGGUCAGCCCAGACCCAGACCUCCUCCAGACCCAGACCUCCUCUAGACAGUCAGCCCAGACCUGGAUCAGAAGAACCUGGAUCACAUAAAACCUGGAUCAGAAGACGUUGACUCGGCUGUUGGUACUUUUUGUUACGAUUAUUUUCUUUAACGUUUAAAACUUGUUCUCGAUGAUUCUCGAUUAAUAAACCCGCUCAAACAAAAA